UCGUUUAAAGGAGAUGUGCGGGCUAAGUUCUUUUAUACAUGGAGUGGUGGGUGCUAGGAAUGUGCUUCCAGGGAAAGUGAUGGAGGCAGAUACAAUAGUGGUGUUUAUGAGGCUUUUAGAUAAGCAUAUAUGCAAGUGUAUAUGCAUGGAAUGAAGUGAUAAGGACCAUGUACAGGCAGUGAAGAUUAGUUUAACUUGGCAUUGUGUUCAGCUCAGGCAUUGUGGGCCAAAGGGCCUGUUCCUGUGUUGUACUGUUGUACGAUAAGGAUUGCCUAAGGCUUUCUGAAAACAUAUGCCAUAGAUCAUAUGGCAUGAAAACAGACUCUUCGGCCCAACUUGCCUGUACUGACCAAGAUGCCCUAUCUAACCCUGUCCCAUUUGGCCCAUAUUGCUCUAAAACUUUCCUGUGUUAUAUUCUACUUUGUCAACCGAACUUUAAAUGAGUUAGACUGGAAGGAUUUGUGUAAAAUCCAGCAAAAACACCUCGAUAAACUUCCUUUUAUAAAAUGUCAAAAAACCAUUGAAGAUUGUUUGAUGCCACGCACAAAUGUUCAGAUUCAGAUGCAAACUUUAUUGUCAUUGUGCAGUGUACAGUACAGAGACAACGAAAUGCAGUUAGCAUCUCCCUAGAAGAGUGACAUAGAAUAUGAGCAAUAAAUAAAUAUAUGGCAUCUGAGGAGCAUUUAAAAAUACCCCCAAGUUGAACAUUUACCUGCAAAGCCUGAUUUUAAGAAUAUGAAUCUGCCUCGAUAGGGGACUGAUUUCAUCGUUUAAUUUUGUAUUUUCAUUCUUUCUAUUUAUGUUUCAGUAAAUGCUUUUGGCUUUGCCCCUCACAAAGAUGGCGGGCUGCGGCUGCCUCCCGGUAUCCAAGGCGGUUGUCAAGGGCAACGGAGCCGGCGAGCCAAUGAAGGCGUGGCUUAUGAGGCGGGGUGCGCUGCCUGGGAAGAGGACAUGUCUGACUCAGGCAGGGCCUGGGAGCUGAGAAUUCCUCGAUUUAAGGCUGGCUCCUUAGAACACCCACAGGCUGAGCAGUGCAUCAAGAUUGGAGCAUGACGCUGAUUAAAGGAAGCUUCACCUAUUCCAGCGGUGAGGAGUAUCAUGGCGAGUGGAAGGAAGGUCGGCGACAGGGGAUCGGACAGCUGAGGUUUGCAGAUGGCAGCAGCUACGUGGGUCAGUUUGAAAAUGGACUGUUCAGUGGCCGCGGGACAUUGGCCUUCUCGGACGGCUCGAGGUACGAGGGGGAGUUUGUCCAGGGGAAGUUUCAAGGAGUCGGAGUCUUCACUCGAUGUGACGGGAUGAAGUUUGAAGGAGAGUUCAAAAAUGGACGCGUGGAAGGAUAUGGGCUGCUGAUGUUUCCUGAUGGGUCUCACGGUCACCCCAGAAAUGAGGGCAUCUUUGAGAACAACAGGCUGUCUAAGAGGGAGAAGUGUCAAGCUGUGAUUCAGAGAGCGCAGGCAAGUGCGAAAACCGCACGGGGCCUCUCCCUUUAACUGCUUCCCCACAUGAAACAUCCAUCUUUUAUGCUUGCCGUGUCUGUGCAAGAAACCAGCAAGGCUGGGUUUGAGCUGUGAAUUGUUGAUUUCAAUCUUGUGGUGAUGCUGUGCUAUUUAUUUCCCCCCCCCACCCCCGUUCCUCAUUCUCUGUCAGUCCUACCAACUCUGGUUGGAAUUGUGCAGGUAGCUGAAGACUGCCCGCAGCUGGACACAUGUAGGACAGUCUUUGCAUUUGAUAGGCUCACUAAUCUUGAGGUGCAAAAUUAAGACCUCACCUUCACUUGGAGAUGCUGAUACAGCAUGGAAACGGGCCUUAUGGCCCACCAAGCCCAUACCAACUCAUUCACACUAGUUCUAUGUUAUCCCACUUUUGCAUCCACGCCCUACGUGCUGGGGGAAUUUACAGAGGCCACAGACCCAUAUGCCUUGGGAUGUAGGAGGAAGCCGGAGAAAACCCACGUAGUCAAAGGGGGAACGUGUAAACUCCACACAGAUAGCACUGGUGCGCCACUGUGCUGCCCUCUGAACUGGCGAUGUUCAAACCUUGCAUGGCAACACACCUGACCUGAUCCUUGGAGAUAGUGAUCAGGCAUUGGGGAGUGGUUACUGACCACUGGAUUCUUGGCCUUUGACCUGCUCUUAAAUACAUACUAAACUUUGUGGGAGAAUGUCCAUAAGUCAUAGGAGCAGAAUGAGCCCAUUCGGCCGAUCGAGUCAACUCUGCCAUUUAAUCAUGACUUAUCUAUUUUUCCUUCUCAACCCCAUUCUUCUCCCUGCAACCUUUGACACCCUCAUUAAACAAGAACCUCCACUUUAAAAAUACCCAAUGACUUGGCCUCCACCGCUGUCUGCGGCAAUGAAUUCCAGAUUCACCACCCUCCGGCUAAAGAAAUUCUUCCUCGUCUCCUUUUCUAAAGGGAUGUCCUGUACUUUUAGAAAGGAGAUGAGGAAAGAGGGGUCUCCCCAGAUUCUUUCUGCCAACUUGCAGAACGCAAUACCUCUUUUGUUGAGUGGCCCACUCUAUCAAGACCUUGCAGUAUUUUCUACACCUCAACAUGAUGCUAUUCUCGACCUGCACUGACCCAGUAAAUGAUUGGUGCUUGCAGCUUAGUGUUUUUAUUUAAGAUUUAUCCAUUGAACAGCUGCACUAGUGCAGAUCUUUCCAGUGUGUGGUUUCUCAAGUACCAAACCAGAUAACCCUCGCAAUAAAGAAUGUAGAACAAAGUCCUGGGCUUGGUAGGAAGGAAUGUCUCGGAGUUGCCAACAACCAAAUGUAUCUUGUCCAAUCUCACUCAUUAAUCUCUCCUUCUGAGGUCCUUCGACCGCGUUGGCAUACAGGACAUUUGGCCCAUUGCGUUUUUGACCUUCCUAUCCAGUUAGUCUGACGAAGGGUCCCGACCAGAAACCUCAUCUGUCCAUCUUCUCCAGAGAUGCUGCCUGACCAGCUGAGCUACAGCACUUUGUAUCUUUUGUCCAUUUGUGUGUAAGUUGCUUUCCUAGAUUAACACAACAUAUAACAGCACAGAAACAAGCCCUUCGGCCCACGACAUGUGCUGAACAGAUAGCAUUGCCUUUAUUUCUCAUGUUCAACCCUCCCACCCCACCGCUCCAUUAUUGAAUUGUUAUUCUUGAAGUCCAAUGCACCCAGUCCAUUCCCUCCCCUCCUUAUCUGUCCCACUCUGAAACCUCUGGUGGGAAGUGGGUGCGGAUUGCAAUCACACCCCUCCUGACAUUAUGACUCCAUCACAGAUCAGUUUCUCUCCACAUUGUUACCUUCCUGGAGCCGGAGCAACCCGCCUGCCACCCCUCCUCAAUGUGAUGUGUGUCGGAUCAUGUUGCCUCGUGGGUCAAUUGUUUCACCGGUUAUCAUGUAUUAUCUCAGCGUUGGAACGCUUGCCAAGAACCAAAUGAGUGUUUGGCACGACUUGCCGAAAUUGGUUGAGAGUUCGACCCAGCACAGUGUAAAAUCAAAGGUUAGCCUUGCAGUGAUCCAGUGUUCCGUGCGACUAUGCUUUUUAUUUUUGUUGCAGUAUUUGAGCAGUCCCAUGAGGCUGCUGGCUUUAGAGCAAAGCUGAGAAGUAUUUCCAUUAAAACAUGCAGUAUUGACAAACCAGAAUCUCACUGCGAGUUUACCUAGAAGCCAGUAAGACACUGAGAUCGCAUUUCCCUCCCCUCCCAUCCCGAGAAGCGAGUUGUUACUUUAUUCUCCAAGGAGUAGACUUGAUGGGCCGAAUGGUGUCAUUCUGCUCCUAUCACUUAUGACCUUAUGACCCGGUGUGAAUUCAUCCACCACAGGAGACAUCGCCUUAAAUAUGAGUAUGAACAGUCAGUGGCGUUACUUUUUUCUUUUGAAAAUGGCACCAAAAUAUGGUGCCGGGUGCAAGAGUAUCUGUGUACUGCAUACGUGACAAUAAAGAACCAUUGAUUAAUCCUGCACUACCAUUAACUCUUCCCUCUCCAGGCCAUUCACACUCCCACGUUCCAUGUUUAAGAUCAUGCACAAAGGGCGGGUCUAGGUUAAAUUCGGGCCAGUCCGGGUAAGGUUCCUGAAGCCACCUGAUUGAUUUUCACUACAACUUUGUAGCUUCCAUUGCAGGGGCUUUUGUUAUCAGGUUGAAUCAUUUGUAGUUAAAUUCAGCAGCUCUUGUGGUGGGAUUCAAACUUGCCGCCAGACCUGUAGUUCAAGCCUCUGGGUGCGAGUUUACCAGAUAACUUGUCAAUACUAUCAGAAAAAUACCUCUUCUGUACCAUACGAUCAAAAAAAGACACACAGUGCUGGAGUGACUCAGUAGGUGAGGCAGCAUUUCUGAGGCAUAUGGAUUUCGGGUCAGGACCCUUCUUCAGACUGAUCGUGGUGAGCGGUGGGGGGAUGGGGGGGGGGGGCAAAGAAAGCCCCCCCCCCCCAAAUCAGUCUGAAGAAGGGUCCAAAGCCAAAAUAUAACCCAUCCACGUUUCCCACAGAUGCUGCCUGACCUGCUGACUAACUCCAGCAUUUUGGUUUGGAAACCAGCAUCCUCAGUUCCUUGUUUCUCCUAAACCAUAUGAUCAGUCUGGGAGUGGGUGUGAUUUGGGGGAAGGGGAAGAUUUUGGUGGUAGCAUAAUUUUAAAAGGGAGUCUGAUGCCUUAACUGCGGGAAUACCAAUUGAUGUGGGGUGUGUGAUAAUGAGAGACAAUUGGGAAAGCAUCUUCUGUGGAAUGUAAACCAGUCAGUGGCAGCUUUUUGAAGCGGGCUUCUUUUAAUUGUGAAUUUUAUAAAGUCUGAAAUUGGCAAAGUGCUUAAUUUCAAGUAACGUUUUGCUGCUGCUGUUUAUUGUGCCUUUUUGUUUUUUGCCUUUGGAUGCAGUGAAGUGUAAAACCUGUGGCUGAAUGUGUUAGAAUAGGAACAUUUCUCCCAAUCUGUUUGAAUGUGAACGCAGUGUAGAUGAGGUGGAAUAGGACAUUUCGGAUUUUGGGUUCCGUAAAUUCUACACUGGGAUUUCUUCACCUCUUCUCUGGGUGUGUUGUUUGUUUAUUAGCAGAAAUUUAUAGGUGUGUUUGAUCAAAAGCUCCUCCUAUCAUUGUAACAUGGGGCUAUCUAAAUGGUGGAAGAUACCUUCAUGGUAGUUCUAUGAAUGAUCUAUUAAUGUAAUGAAAAAUAUCGCCAGUGGGUGGUAAUUCAGAUCACCAUCUGAAUCUUACUGGCAGAAUGAGACUUGAAUUCUGUCCAUACAUUUGCUGUAUGUCUUUCUAUUCCUGUUGGCAGAUCGGUAGUAUUUGAUCUGUGCCCUGUACUGAACUGCUGGCCUCAGUUAGUCCAGUCUUGGGGGUUCUGAGAUUGCUUUCCGUACUUUGUAAUAGAUAGUUUUUAACCCCUUUGCCAUUAUCCAUGUUUCCUUUCUAUACCAGAUUUACCUGUGACUCUCUCACCAUGUUCCAAUAGAGCACAAAGUGCUGGAGUAACCCAGUGGGUCAAGCAGCAUCUCUGAAGGACACUGAUAGGUGACGUUCCAGGUCAGGACCCUUGUUCCUCAAGACAGAGGAUAUCAAAAGUGGAAGGGCCCUGAACCAAAACAUCACCUAUCCAUGUCCUCCAGAGAUGCUGCCUGACCUGCUGAGUUACUCCAGCACUUUGUGUUUUGCGCAAGUUACCAACAUUUCCUGUCUCUUGUGUCACCGCACUCCACUAACCUGAAUUCAAUUUUCUUUCCAUUUUCAUUGGGUGUGUAUGUGUCUCUGGCUCGUGUCUGCCUUUGUGUAUGUGUCUAUCCGUCUGUGUUUCAUGUCUGCCUCUGUCUGUGUGUGUGUGUGUGUCUGCCUCUAUCUGUCUGUGUGUGUGUGUGUCUCUUGUGUCUGCCUCUGUCUGUGUGUGUGUGUGUGUGUGUCUGCCUCUAUCUGUCUGUGUGUGUCUCUCGUGUCUGCCUCUAUCUGUCUGUGUGUGUGUGUGUCUCUCGUGUCUGCCUGUGUGUGUGUGUGUGUGUAUCUCUGUCUUCACUCAUUCUUUCAUUUUUUCUCACACACCUUCUUGCUCUCUCCAUUUUCAUUCAUUUCUGCACAACUCAUUUAAUUUGGGUAUCUUGGCCUUUCUUCACCUUGUCCUUCUCUGAGUUGGGGGAACCCCAAAGGUAUAAUUGUGCUGCUGCUGCAAUCUAUAACAGCUACACUAACCUGGUUGAUUUAUAAUUUUUAGCCAUUGUUCUAAAAGGGCUGGAUUCCUUUUAAUGUUUGCAAGUGCUGCUUUCGUCCCGUGUUCCAGCGUGAUGUGAAGCAGGCAGGGAAACUCAUUAACCAUGACUACCAAACUCAAUCGAGCUAAUACAGAAUGUCGGUCAAGGUGAAACAUGGUGCUUUCCAAUUACUUGACUAUUUAUUUUUACGCCUUCAGUAUCUGUGAAGAAUCGUGUAUUUUCUUGCACACUUAACGAAUAAGGGACAAUAAUCUCCUGGAAUUGUAUUAAUGUCACAUUCUUACAUGGGCUGCCUUUUUAUUAAAGUCUUAUUUUUCAAGUGCGAUUAAAUAUUUGUUGUGAUUACAAACUGGUUUGUUCAAAUAAUGCAAUAAAUGUGGGCUCUAUAAAUGAC